GCACCACGUCCCCCCACUACCCCCACCAGCUCAAAGGUAACUGCAGGGGCGGAUGUCCCAGCCUGCAGUCAGUUUGAUUGGGCCGGUGCAGUUGUAAGACAGGCGAAAGAGUUUGUACUUUGUUGGCCCAGCGAUGGUGUGUUUGGGCAGGAGGGCUGUCAAUCUGCAGCGAGGCUCCACAGCUCCUUCCUGCAGCUACUGCGCUGGCUCUGCCUGAGCGCUGCAUUCGCUUUCAUUGAGCGGAAACCGCGGCUGAAACAGAAGGGACCGGGUAAUAGAGGAGAUCAGACACAGGCACAGAGACAGAGACUGAGACUGAGACAGAGCGAAGAAAAGGAAGAAAAAGUUAUUUGUCCUGACGUCAAAUGUAAACAAGAUGGCGAAGAGGAGAGUGUGGGGAGGAGGGGGAGAGCAGAGAGUGGUAGUUCCAGGCUCUUGUUCCAAUCCGGCACACAGCCUGUACUCCCUCCCUUGAGCACGCUCACUGCCUUUUGUCUCUUACUGCCGGCAACUUCCACCACCCCCUUUCUGUUGAAAAUAUAAAAGAUCAAUGCCAGACCCCCCCCCCCAAUGAAAAGCCACUCAAAAUGCGCGAAUCUCUCCAACGAACGGAAAAGGAACUGCCUGCAAUGAAAUACAAUAACUUCCUUCAGGUUGUGACAACUUGGAAGAAAAGGAGCCAGACUUGAGUUCUACUUGGUGACACUGCCUGGCCGGAGAGGAAGAAAUAACAACACAACAAACCCGUCAGAAAUUUGUUUUCUUUGAAAAAAAAGGAAAUAUUUAAAGUUGCUCAUUUUGUAAUGACUUUUUUGGAAUUCCUCCCGACUGAUCAGAGAAAGAGCGAGCUGCAGUUUGCAAUGGAGGGGUAGGUGUGCUGGUGCCGGAGCUGUGUUUUGGGGGGGCCGGGGGGAUCUGCCCCCCUCCUGGCUGGGUUAAGGAGGGGUGAGACACCAUGGCUGGCAGGGCUCGCAGACCGUGGCUGAGUGUGGUGAUGGGACUGGUGCUGGGCUUCAUCGCCGCUUCGUGGCUGAUCGUGCCCAGGGCGGUGGAGACUAACGGCAGGAACAAAAAGAUCUUCAACAUCUGCUCGUCCCUGCUGAACCGGGCAGGGGUUGGCCGGGCAGGGGCAGGGGCUGCUGCCGGUGGGGGUUCCAGCUCUAACUCCAGGAGCCUGGGCUGGCACAGGGACCAGCUGCUGGUCAGUAAACUGCCCAAGGGGCAACAGAGCCAAGAGGAGGAGGAGGAAGAGGAGGAAGAAGCUGAGGAAGCUGCCAGGGCCAGCGGCAAACAUUUCCUUUAUGUCGGGGUCAUGACUGCCAAGAAGUACCUGGACUCCCGGGCAGUGGCUGCCUACAGGAGCUGGGCUCCUUCCAUCCCGGGAAAAGUGGAGUUCUUCUCCAGCCAGGGCUCCCAGAGCAUUGCCCUCCCUGUGCCACUGCCCCUAGUCUCACUGCCCGGGGUCGAUGACUCUUACCCCCCGCAGAAAAAGUCCUUCAUGAUGCUCAAGUACAUGCAUGACCGGUACCUGGAUGGGUUUGAGUGGUUCAUGCGGGCCGAUGAUGAUGUCUACAUCAAAGGCGAGAGGCUAGAGGAGCUGCUGAGGUCCCUGAACAGCAGCCAGCCCCUGUACCUGGGCCAGACCGGCCUGGGAACUACUGAGGAACUCGGCAAACUGGCCCUGGAACCUGGCGAGAACUUCUGUAUGGGCGGCCCCGGCAUGAUCUUCAGCCGGGAGGUGCUGCGCCGGAUGGUCCCCCACAUUGGCGAGUGCCUACGGGAGAUGUACACCAGCCAUGAGGACGUGGAGAUCGGCCGCUGUGUGCGGAGGUUCGCCAACACCCAGUGCGUCUGGUCCUAUGAGAUGCAGCAAUUGUUCUAUGAAAACUAUGAGCACAACAAGAAAGGAUACAUUCAGGAUUUGCGUAACAGCAAGAUUCAUAAUGCGAUAACACUCCACCCGAAUAAAAGGCCUGAUUAUCAAUAUAGACUACAUAACUACUUGCUGACUCGUAAAGUUUCAGAACUACGUCAUCGAACCAUUCAGCUGCAUCGAGAAAGUGUUUCUAUGAGCAAACUCAGCAGCAGUGAAGUACGCAAGGAGGAUCAGCAACUUGGAAUGAUGCCAUCUUUUAUGCGCUUCCAGCCUCGUGACAGGAAUGAGGUUCUUGAAUGGGAAUUUCUUACUGGGAAGCACCUAUUUAGCAUGGUAGAAACACAAAUCCCUCGUCAGGGUAUCAACAGUGCACUCCGUGCAGCACUGGAUGACACUAUAAUGCAGGUUAUGGAGAUGAUCAAUUGGAACUCUAAGACCAGAGGACGUGUGAUCGAAUUUAAAGAAAUUCAGUAUGGCUAUCGCAGAGUUAAUCCAAUGCAUGGAGCAGAAUACAUUAUGGAUCUGUUGCUACUUUAUAAGAAGCAUAAGGGGAGAAAGGUGACUGUUCCUGUAAGACGCCAUGCCUACAUUCAACAGUCUUUCAGUAAAGCAUUGAUGAAGGAAGCUGAAGAACUUGAUGCUAGAGAGCUUGCAGAGAGCAUAAACAGUGACUCUCAGUCUUUCUCUUUCCUUUCAAACUCACUGAAGAUCUUCUCACCAUUCCAAUUCACAGAGACCACAAAAGAGCUUAAACAACGAAAUGACCAAAAAGUUCACAUCCUUGUCCCUCUCACUGGAAGAUAUGAGACAUUUGUCCGGUUCAUGGAGAACUUUGAGAAGACUUGCCUUAUUCCAAAUCAGAAUGUAAAACUAUUCAUAUUGUUGUUCAAUUCUGAUCCAAGCCCAGAUAAAGGCAAGCACAAUGAGUUAAUGAGAGACCUUAACCUUAAAUAUCCUAAAGCAGAUAUGACCAUUCUCCCUAUGAAAGGGGAGUUUUCAAGAGGCCUAGCACUAGAAAUGGGCUCUUCCUCAUUUCAUAAUAACAGUUUGCUGCUCUUCUGUGAUAUCGAUUUAAUAUUUACUCCAGACUUUGUGCAACGGUGUAGGGACAAUACAAUUCAGGGAGAACAGGUUUAUUUUCCUGUAAUCUUUAGUCAGUAUGAUCCAAAAAUAGUUUAUGGCGGCAAUCCAGUAAAUGAUAAUAACUUUGUUUUCACAAAGAAGACCGGUUUUUGGCGGGAUUAUGGCUUUGGAAUAGUUUGCAUAUACAAAAGUGAUUUAUUGCAUGUUGGUGGGUUUGAUACCUCCAUUCAGGGCUGGGGCCUAGAAGAUGUGGACCUUUUUACGAAAGUGAUCUCUGUUGGCUUGAAUGCCUUUAGAAGCCAAGAAAUUGGUGUUGUCCAUGUUUACCACCCUGUUCACUGUGAUCCCAACAUGGAUCCUAAGCAAUACAAGAUGUGCCUAGGGUCCAAAGCAAGUACGUUUGGAUCAACAAUGCAGUUGGCAGAACUCUGGCUUGAAAAACAUCUAAAUGGUGGCUACAAUAGAACUAUAUCCUGACGUUCAAGCUCUUUCACUCUCUCAAAGGGUGUUACCUCAAAUUUUUACAUUGUUAUGCUUAUGUUUCCCAGUCGCCUCUUCCAAAGAAGAUUUUCAAAGCAUUAAGGUGAAUUAAAUUGAUGAAUAUUUUAGCAUCCUAUGGAAAAUGCUUUGAAAGUGGGUUAUUUUUGAUCUUUUUGCCUAAAACUGGGGAAACUCAAAACACUUGAGGGUACUGUCAAUCAUGUUUCUCCUGCAGGCUUUAUAAAAGUACUUCACAUGUCAGAAUCUGAACUCAGAAUUCAAAAUUUAUGGAGUGGAAAUAAUGCCACAAAAGUGCUUUAAGCUUCAAGUGGGAAAGAACUAUUCUUGACUUUUUAAUUUAUGUUCAGACUUUAAAAUUGUUGACUUUCACCAUCUGCAGUAUUUUUUAAAACUAUGUGAACAAAAGUAUGAUUGUACGUUUGCUUUUAAAAACUUUUAUGUGGGAAUAUACUCUCACGAGAUUACAGGUACUGGUGACCAAGCUCUAAAUGUCUGAAAAUGUAUGUAUUCUGUAUACUGUGUACAGUGACUUUAGAUGACUCCUUGUUUCUUCAAUGGAAACAUGCUGCAAGUAGGCAUGUAUCUUCAUUCCUGUAGCUUUGUAUCCUUAAAUACCCCUUCAGUUUGCCGCUUAGAACAAAUCAUCUGAGAACACUCCUAUUUAUAAUAAAGUAUCUGCAUAACAUCA